GAAACCUCAGUCUUUAGUGGUACACAAGAUAUUGACAUGAAUGAUACAGACCUACUGCCCGUGAGUGUCGCGACAUUUGUUCUGCUGUCACAUGAAACUGAGAUCCGUGAUAGAUACUCGAAGCGAGCCAAAGCCAUUAUAGCGGAAUAUCCCUUGAAAAAGCAACCCGUCUUUAUUGAGGCCGACUUGAGACGUGCGUACGCCUCCACGUCCAAUUUUGGACAUAUCGUUGUUCCUGAAUCUGGCACUAAUUAUCACUAUACAGCCGACGGACCUAAGAUCAAGUCUUUACUGUCACGAAUUACGGGCCAAGCAACAUUCCCGAAUGUUGUUAUAGGAGGAAAGUCCAUCGGAGGAUCCGAUCGAAUGUCUAUUCUACACGAAAGUGUAUUUUACAGGCUUGUUCAUAUUUCUGGGGACCGAAUAGAACUAUGGCUUGAUCAGAAUCGCAAUUCUGGUGCAAUGUCCCUGAAGCCGGCCGGCGAAGCUGGCAGAUGCCGGAAAUGGGGGUUGGCUAGAACGCUGGGAGAGUAUGUCAGCCCGCCCGCCCUGGGCAAGGACGCCAUGGACCAUUUACUGCCCAGCAAGUGGGAGGACACUAUCUUUAUUGUGCUCGACAUCGGGGUAUUCAACUUUCCGAGCCUGCUUGAACACGGAUACAAGCUACAUCCGCUCACGAACGAGGCGAGGAAAAGCGACGAGGCUGGCAACCUGCCUCCAGCAAGCCAACAAGCGCUAAUUAUAAAAACCCCACCCGAACCCUGGCGACCAUUUUUCGACCCCAACCCAUCUGCGUUACCACCGAGAGCCUCCUCGAAGGCUGACUACGGUCCGAACGGAAGUCGACGCCACGACGACCAUGGUGGCGGGCCUGCCAGACCUCAAUCUCUUCUCGCGCCCCCAAAGCUUUUUUCGGGGAGUUGCAAGUGCUCUUCUGGCAACAGCAACAAGUGGCUCGGGAUUGAGAGUACCCUCAUGAACGUCCUGGGUACUGUGCUCGGUUUCGUCAUUUCUUAUAGAAGUAGCGCCAGUUUUGAUCGGUAUAACGAGGGGAGGCGGUAUUGGAGUCAGGUCGUGUAUAACGUUCGCAUGUUUGCACGUACGGUUUGGCUCCAUGUUCCCGAUGGGCCAUUGGAUGGCAAGACCUUGCACCCGGCUAGAACGGAAGAGGAGUACAGGGCCCGCAAUCAUGUCGAGAAGAAAACUGUUCUCAACCUCUUGGAGGGAUUUGCGGUGUCCUUGAAACAUUACCUUCGUGGAGAGGAAGGUGUGCACUAUGAGGACUUGUUCCCUCUUGUCAGGUUUUUGCCCGCCUAUCGUCCACGCGUAGACGUAGAAAUUGAAUGGCCAUCCAAGCGUAGAAAGGGUAAACCUCGCACACGUGUGAUGUCACCACCGCGGGAGCAUCUCACCGUGCCGACGUCGGAUAACAGAGCGCGCACGCCUUCUAUCGAAAUCACACCUUCGCAAGAUGAGAAACACUCCACUCCUAUGCGAAAGGGCACCACUAUUGUGGACGAAGAAGCCCAGACGAUCCACAUUGCUCCCUCCCGAAACCCGCCGCCGUUCCAUAUUUUUGACAUUUGGCCUUUCUAUCUAUGCAUCAGAAGCAUUCAGAAGCGUGGACGCAGGCUCAAAGGAAAACGGGCACUGCGUGAUCGUGCCCAGAAUAGAGAUAAAGACACCAAGGAUGGAGUAGAGAAUGUUCCACUGGAGAUUACACUCUACCUCAGUCGUUAUAUUGCUUCGCUUCAGCAAAGAGGUUUGGAUGGAUUGACGGGUGGUCAAAUGAUGGGUGCUUUGAGCCAACUGGUUGAUGCUUUGACCGGUCUCGAGAGGAUCUUGUCAACCCCUUACUCUGUUCAUCUGUGGACAGUCACACUUGUCUGGCUUGUUGUUUUGGUAAGUCCUGAACCGAUUUGGCAUCUGUUGGACCAUAAACUCACCAUUCUUAAUAGCCUUUCCAAGUCUUGA